AUGGGAGCUGGCUGCGCCAGCUGGCAUUUCCGUUAUCUUCAAAGUCAUUCUUUUUCUUCGAUUGCUUUAUCGCUUGCUACAAAAGGCUUGGCACAGUGUGACGUUUUUGUGCCCCACGCAAUCAUGAGGUUCGUCGUCGUUGCUGCCUUUGUUUUCGCCACUGCUUCUGCUGCAUUUAUUCCACCGUCAAAGAGGGUUCUUCGAGAAGCUGAGCAGCUAACCGGUCUCGAAUUGAUCGAAUAUGUUAACAAGGCUCAGAACUUGUUUACGGCCAAGCUGUCUCCCCGUUUCGCGCAGUAUCCUGAUGACAUCAAGAAACGUCUCAUGGGAUCGAAGCACGUCGCUGUGCCUGAGGAAUUCAGAGUGAACGAAAAGACCCAUGACGAUAUCGAAGAUGCUUCCAUCCCCGAUUCGUUCGAUGCCCGAAAACAGUGGCCUCAGUGCCCGUCGAUCCUCUCGAUUCGCGACCAAUCGACAUGCGGUUCAUGCUGGGCGUUCGGAGCAGCUGAAGCGAUGACUGACCGUAUCUGCAUUGCUUCAAAUGGUAAGGAACAGUUCACCAUCUCCGCGGACGACAUUCUGUCCUGUUGUGGAUUCAUGUGCGGUAGUGGAUGUGAGGGAGGCUUCGCAAUUCAGGCGUGGAAGUUCUGGGUGAAACACGGUGUUGUCACCGGAGGCAACUACACUUCAAAGGCUGGCUGCAAACCGUAUCCGUUCCCACCAUGCGAGCACGACAACAACGCUACUCGUUACAAGCCGUGCCCUUCCGACAUCGUACCCACGAAUACAUGUGAGCACAGUUGUCAAACCGGCUACUCCACAAGCUACACCGAUGACAAGCAUUUCGGUGAGUGCUUGGUAAAAAGAUCGAGAUCGUUUCCGGUUCACCGCAGUAGACGGUACAGAAAGCACUAA